AUGAAGACCGUCCUGCUGCUCCUCGCUGCCCUGGCUGCGGCUGUGGGACCAGUCUACGCUCUGCGCUGCCAUGUAUGCACCAGCACCUCCAACUGCAAGCAGCCCCAGAUCUGCCCAGCCAGCUCUCUCUUCUGCAGGACCAUGACCACAGUGGAGCCUCUGGCGGGGAACCUGGUGAGGAAGGAAUGUGUGGAUUCGUGCUCACCCACCAACACCAUGCAAGGCCAGGUCAGCAGCGGUACCAAAGCCACCCAGUGCUGCCAGCACGAUCUAUGCAACGAGAGGUUGUACAAUGCUGCACCCAUCCGCACCCCUCUCACUGGCACCACCCUCAGCCUGGGGCUGGCCCUCAGCCUCCUGGCCCUCCUCUUGGCUCCCAACCUGUGA